AAAGGUUCCCCCAUUAGAGAUACUUCCGGGUGUGCCAUUUUUUCCUCCCGUUUCGGGGAACGGCUUGUCCCGUUUGAAAACAGCCUCCUCUUAUCGCCGUUUCCUCCGGAGCGCGAAGAACUUUCCGAAACAGGCUGAUCUGGACACGGGGAGCCCCCCCCCCGCUGCUUCCCAGGAUUUUGCAGAGAGAAGGACGCCAGGCGAGGAACACAAUGGCCCUCUUUCCACCUAUGUUUGAAAUUAUCUGUUCCCCUGUAUAAAGAUGUCACUGAUGGACCUGGGGAAGAAGCUCCUGGAAGCGGCCCGCCAAGGCCAGGAUGAUGAAGUCAGGCUGCUAAUGGCCAACGGAGCCCCCUUCACCACUGACUGGCUGGGAAUAUCGGCCCUUCACCUCGCUGCUCAGCACGGGCAUUAUUCAACGGCCGAAGUUCUGCUUCGGGCCGGAGUCAGUCGAGAUGCUCGGACCAAGGUUGACCGGACGCCCCUCCAUAUGGCGGCUGCGGAUGGUCACAGCCAUAUUGUCGAGCUGCUGGUCAGGAACGGUGCUAACGUGAACGCCAAGGACAUGCUGAAGAUGACCGCUCUGCACUGGGCCACCGAACACAACCAUCGAGACGUUAUUGAGCUGCUUCUCAAAUGCGGGGCGGACGUCCAUGCCUUCAGCAAAUUUGGCAAGUCUGCUUUCGACAUCGCUUUGGAGAAGAAAAAUCCCGAAACUUUGUUGCUGCUGCAGAUUUUGGCUUUGGCAGCAAAGAGCGGUUUUUGGCCUGGCUCCAUGAAGCCCCAAAGGCUUUCUCUUCUUCAGGAAGCGAUGCAGAAUCCGGUCAGUGCUAACCCCGAAAGGGCGCAUGUUGUCCCAGGCUCCGUGAUGGUGACCCAGCCCUUCAUUCUGGCUUCAGGAGAACUGCUGAGCCUGGCCAGCAUUGUUUCUUCGGUGGAUACCAAAGCAACCUCAGGAAAUUCCAUUGUUUUCAUGGGACAGUUUCUAGACUCUACCACCUCUGUUCUAGCUACCCUGGCGGCCGUUGCAGAGGCCUCUGGCCCCAUUUCCAGUGCCAACCAAAUUCCUGCUGUCUCGGAAGAAAUCGUGGAAACUCUACCAGCCGAUACUUCUCCCCGGCAGGCGGUCGGUAGCGGCCAGCAUGUUCUCACGCUCGUGACGGAGGGCGUCCCUCUGGGUCAUCUCCAGGCGGCUGUGCCAGCCACUCACCUAGGACAGCGGUUCAUUGUAAUGGCGCAGAAGGAGCAGGAAGUUCUGAUUGUGCCUGCUGGUCAGGAGGCAGAAGGACCCCUCCUCAAGACCCUGAGCGAGAACAACCACGUGGCCGAAGCAGAGAAGCCCCCCUCCAAGAAAGUCAAAAUGAAACCAGCGGGGGAUGGGAAGGAGGAGGAGGAAGAGGAGCAGGAAGGGAGGAAGGACGGCCACGCCAAAGAAGCUUUGCGACAGCAGCUCCAGGAGGCCAGUCACCGAGCGGCAGAAUACCGAAGCCGGCUGCUGAAGAAGGAGCAGGAAGCUGAGCUCUACCGGCAGAAGCUGGCAACCAUGAGCCAGCAGGGAGAAGGGGCUGCCCAGGAGGAGCUCGGUGCGGCUGACACCGUCAAGGUGUCUUCGGAAGAAACGGGAAACUCCCAGGGACAGCGGCAGCUCCUGGCCGACCCAGGCACCCAGACGGCCACUUCCUAACCCUCAGGUUGUUGUUUUGCCGCACUUGUUAAAAAAGUUUUGCCCCAGGAAAACUUGAGAUGGGGGAAUGUGGGAGAAGGUUCUUGAGGCUGCCCCUCAUCAACCCCCUAAUGGGCUCCUCCUGGGGGCUUGAAGCCCCCCCGGGUGUCUCUGUUCUCUUCAACAGAGGCCUUUAAGGCAAGCCAAGGAAGUCAAAAGUCCCCCUAGGAAGGUCAGCUUGCAAGCGCUGUCUUGGGAAAGGCCCCGUGUCUUGGGGCAAUCCUGGGGUGCAGGAAGAGGGGAGUGGGCCCUGGGAAAGACCCCUGGAUCAGCUGAGAGCCAAGAGCAGCCGCAGGGAUCCGGCCAGCUCAGAGAGAGCCAGAAAUGUUGUCCAGAUGCCACAUUCUUUGCGGUGAAGGUUGCUCGAAGGAAGUGGGGGCUCCACUAGCCCCCCCCCCGAACCCAAAUGACACAUCUAUCCAAAGUCCUAAAAAAAAGCUUGCAAAAUUGCAAGGGGUCAUCAAAAGCGAGGGAGUCAGUCUCAGGGACCUCCCCCUGCGUGGAAAUCGCCUUCUGCUUAAGCCGUCGUGCAGUUGUGUUAGCGUGAGCUGCGUUAAGCCAGAUUUAUGCGAGACGGGACACACUUUUCAACAAACCCUGUUUGCUGCCUAUAGGAAUGUGGCGUUUGUGGCCUUCCCACUGGUGUGUGGACCGAGUUAAGAAGGGCUGGGCAUUGGGGUGCAGCCACAUCUGAGGAACCCACCCCAGCCUAGAGGGGCGCAGAAGGACGGGCUAAACUUUUAAGACCUGUGGAUUUAAUCAUGGGGGAUUCUGGGAGUUGGAGUCCAAACUGGGAUCCUUGCACACUUCCGGGGCUGCCCAGUUAGGAUUGUGAGUGUGCUAGCAGGGAGGGAGGGAGGGCGUCUGAGGUCACAAGGCAGCCGCUGUGGAAAACGGGCCCUGUUUUAUUUGAGACCUCUGCCCACCUUGGUAGAAGGGUCUCCAAAUGAAAAGUUGUGCCUUAUGGGUCCUUAACGGGGCAGGAUUCACACGGGGUGCUUUUCCCCACAAUGCCCUCGUCUCUUGCCGGCCACAAAAUGUCGCUCCCUCUUUUAGGGCAGUAAAAAAGAUUUCCCAGACACGUCCAAUAAAUUCUGCUUUUCAAAUA